AUGCAACAACCAGCAGAAGAAAAAGAGGAAAUAUAUGCUGUGCAACCGCAUGAUACAUUAGUUACAAUAGCAGUUAAGUUUGGUUUAACAGUUCAGUGGCUACGUGACUUAAAUAAUAUUUCAAGCGAUUUUAUUUACAAUGACAUGAAAUUAAUUAUUAAACCACCAAAUAUUCUUGAUACCAUUCUUGUUGCUGAAAAUGUUUCCAUUCUUUCCGAAGAUUUACAAAUUUUACCUGAAAAUGAGCAAGUUUUAGGAAAACUUACCUGUAAAGGUGCCUUACUUGCUUUUAUUCCAUAUUCCAAAGGAACUACUUUAUUUGUUGAUCUUUGUGGUAACUUAGAACAUACUCAUCUUCCUUCUCCAGCAAUCAAGAGCGGAAAGCAUAUUUCAUCGAGAGAUCCAGAGUUGUUAAUCAUUACGUUCUUCCCAGAUAUAAAUGACUUAUCAAAAACUGAAACAUUAGCAUUUGUCGGUUCAUCGAUGGAAAUAACUCCGCUAUCCGACCUCAUUGGUAAGCAGACGAAAGAAAUACAAAGAAGAAUGAACUUUACGCCUGUCCGACCACAACAUAAUGACUCAAAAACAGAAAAAGUCGUUCAGAAAAAGGCGAAACUACAAAGUGUCGAAUUACGAGGCACGUCUACGAUUGCCGAUGAAAACAUGAUCGAGCAAGUAAGAAGAUACUUACCUUAUCAGUUCAGACUUGCAAAUUGGAAUUUAUUGUUCCAAUUAUCAAACGACGGAGCAAGUUACUUGACGUUCUUCGAGAAAUGUAAGGAUAAAUCACCAGCUGUUAUACUUAUUCGUACAGAUUCCGGAGAUAAAAUCGGAGCUUAUAUUUCUGCCGGAUUUAAACUGUCGAAGAGGUUUUACGGUAAUGGAGAAACAUUUGUUUUUACGUUUAACCCGAAAUUGCAUGCUUAUCGCUGGCAAAACUCGAAUCAAUACUUUAUUUGUUCGACAAAAGAAGAAAUUGCAAUAGGAGGAGGCGGAUCCACAGCAAUAUGGAUUGAUGGAACGUUUUUGAACGCUGUAUCUGAUCCAUGUACUACAUUUGGCUCUCCAAGUCUUACAAAGACACCUUACUUCAAAAUUCAUGAACUGGAAGUAUGGUCAAUCUCUCAGUUUUAA